GUUUCAUUAAUAGUUAACAAUUAUUUACCAAAGAAUAGAACCUUUGAGCAGAGGCAGAUAAUCAGCCAGAAUAGUACACAAUUGCGAAUACCAGAAACGCCAAGCCAUAGAUGCCUUCAACAUUUUCUCAACAAUAAGCUGUAUUUCUGUGACAGCUCAUUAUUCAACAAGGUAUAUUAAACAUGAAUCUCAGCUAUGUGAAACUUGAAACAGGCCAGAAAAUGCCGUUAGUUGGAUUGGGAACAUGGAAGAGUUCACCUGGUCAGGUGAAAACUGCAGUGAAUUAUGCCCUUGAAAUAGGAUACCGUCACAUAGACUGUGCUGCCGUUUAUGGCAAUGAGCAUGAAAUUGGAGAAGCGCUCUUUGAGAAAAUACAAAACAGUAAGUCCAUCAAUCGGGAAGAUAUUUUCAUUACAUCCAAACUUUGGAACACCAAGCAUCACCCGGAUGAUGUGGAAACUGCAUGUCGUAAAACACUGGCAGACCUGCAGCUGGACUACCUAGAUUUGUAUUUGAUGCACUGGCCAAUGGCAUUCGAACGGGGCAACCUUGUGAUUCCAAAGAAUGAUGACGGUACAGUGCGUUAUGCCAGUACUGAUUACAAGGACACCUGGAAGGCCAUGGAAAAACUACUAGAAAAGGGUUUGGUCAAGGCACUUGGCUUAUCCAACUUCAAUGCAAGGCAAAUAGAUGAUCUAUUAUCAAUUGCAACCUACAGACCAGUUGUUAAUCAGGUAGAAUGUCACCCUUACCUUAUCCAAAAUCGGCUUGUAGAUCACUGCACAAAACGAAAGAUCAUAGUUACAGCAUACAGUCCUCUUGGAUCACCUGACCGUCCCUGGGCCAGACCUGGUGAGCCAAAACUGUUGGAAGAUCAAAGAAUACUGGAAAUAGCAAAGAAAUAUGGAAAAUCUCCAGCACAAGUUAUUAUACGAUGGCAAUUACAAAGAGGAAUAGUGUGCAUUCCUAAGAGUGCCACACCAUCAAGGAUUAAAGAAAAUAUGGAGGUGUUUGACUUCAUCUUGUCUAAAGAGGAUAUGAAACAAAUUGAUUCAUUUGACUGCAAUGGAAGAUUGAUAGUCCCAGCUAUUGAAAGGGAUGGAGUGAGAGUGUGGAGAGAUUCAAGUCAUCCAUACUUCCCUUUUAACGAUCCUUAUUGAAAGUCAAUCUGCAACUUCAAAAACAUUCCUGUCAUAUUGUGGAAAUAGUCUCCCUUUUAAAAUCACCAUUUCUCUUUUUAAAUACAUAUAAUACAAACUGAGAACAUAAUUGUAAUGUUAAAAACACAGGUAUUUCAUUGGGUUAAUAAUCAGUGCGUUCACGGGUUGGGUAUAAAAAUAGAAAUUGACAAUAAAAAUUUUUUGUCACUGAUGUGAAAUUUGUUGCUCUGUGGCAACAGUACAGUGAAAAGAUAUAAAAUUACUAUACUUUAUAAAAUAAACAAAUAGUGCAAAAAAACAAGGUUUUGUUGAUGGGCUAUUCAGCAACCUGAUGGUGGAGGAAAAGAAGCUGCUCCAAGUUUGUUGAGUGUGGGUCUUCAAGAUCCUGUAUCUUCUUCCUGAUGGUAGUAACAAAAAGAGGGCGUGUAGUAGAUGGUGAAGGUCCUUAAUGAUGGAUGCUGCCUUCAAUACGCAGUUGUUAAAUGUCCAGCAACAAUGAAUAUAGAAUUGAGUCACAUUUUAUAAACAAGUAAGCAUUUAUUAAACUCUGCUCAACAAAAAAUGAAAAGCAAACAAACGACUAACUUAACCAGAAGUUAACUGCUAUACGGCAACUCUGGAACAGUUCUUAAAGUGGUAACUAUGAAAGUCCAAGUGAUUUAUACAUUUAAUUAGGAGAGGCUUCCCUGAGGUAACAAAUUCCUUGAUGACAUGACAUUACUGCUGAUCCCAGCCGAAGUAUGCCUUGUAUGAAGGAUUCAUGACGAAGGAAAUAAAAACAGCUUAAAGGAA